AUGGACUCAUUGCCGGACCACGAGAGGGAGCCACUUGUCCCGAAGACCAGCAAGGUGGACAGCAGUGCUUGGAGGGUCGGAGCAGCAUGCCUAGGCUUCCUUGCUGACUCAUAUGACCUCUUCACAAUCGAUCUAGUCAUCUUGAUUCUGCAAGUGGAGAAGGGCACGGACGCGAUUGGCCCUUCUGACAAGAGUAUGAUGGUGAGCAUGAUGCUCGCUGGAGUCGUCACAGUCCGCGCAACGUGUCACGGGCUUUCUGCAGCGAGCGGCAAGGUCGGCGCAUUGGUAGGUACUGCUUUGCUCUCCCCUGCUGAAGCAGCCUUUGGGAUGGGGCCUGUGUACUUUGCAUGCGCCAUCCUUGCCAUUUCAGCUGCAUGCGCUACAUACCUUUUCACUCCGCGGCAUAGUGUACAGCUAUCUCAGCUCGAGGGGUCUGUGGAGUGCGCUGUCAAGGCGCAGAGAAAGCAGGUCGUGGCAUGGUCGCUCAGUGAGAAGGAGUGCGCGCCUGUGGAGAACAUCUUCCUUGAGAUGGACGCCAAGCACGAGGGCCGCAUCACCCUCAACGAGCUGCGGCAGGAGCUGCCUGAGGAUGAGGUGGACGACGCGGAACUCCGGGAGAUAUGGGAUGCAUUGGUCGCAGACCACGACCGUGACCAGGAAAUCCACUACUCCGACUUCCUGGCGGCAAUGUUGGACACGCGCAUCCAGCUGACCGACGAUUUGUUGCACUAUGCCUUCGAGAGGUUUGACGUCACCCACACUGGGCACAUCUCCGUGCAGAACAUAUUUGAGGUCCUGGGCGAGUACUUCGAAGGGCAACGGGUCAUGUCGCUCGUCAAGGAAGCUGGCCUCUCGGAUCAUGGAACGUUUUCCUACAAAGAGUUCGAGGCGUACAUGCGAGGGAGCAAGCUCCUGUGCGAGAGCCACCAGGAGUCGCGCAUCGUGCAGCCGUGCUGCGUCCUCCAGUAGGGUGUGUUGCGCACUGAACUGCUUGGCAAGCGUAGAAACAGGCAGACAGGUGGGAUCGCUGGCCAGGGCCCGCAGAUGCCAGGUGCCCCCUUCGGAUUUUGCCGAGGGACGCACUGUUUCCAUUCUUGUGGCUCCUGGCAGUGUCCAAUUGUGGCCCGCAUGGGCUGAGAGGUGCCCCCACGGGCAGGAAUUCGCCAGGUGGCAUGCCAAUUCAGCAACGUUAGCUGGCACCUGCACGGAUGCAAGACGACGGAUCAAGACUAAGGCUGA